AUGCCGUUCAUUGCCAUUCCGUCUUCCCAGGAGCUGUACUAUGUGCUGAGGUCGCCAGAGGACGCGGGCAGCUCUGGCCUGACAUUCUUGUUCAUCCACGGGCUUGGUUCGUCUAGUUCGUUUUAUGCGACGGUCAUGCCUGCGCUGGUCGCAGCAGGACAUCGGUGUCUCGCUUUUGACAUGAACGGUAGCUGCUUGACAAAAUACUCUGGCAAGGACAACAGCAUCCAGGAUCAUGCAAAUGACGCCAAAGCCCUCAUUCAUGAGUUUGGUAUUUCUCCGGAAAAAGUCGUUGCCGUCGGUCAUUCGAUGGGCGGCCUUGUGGCUGGCACCCUGGCGACGGAGCUCGACUUGGCGGGUGCGGUCCUUAUUGGCGCUGUGACGCCCAGCGAUGCCAUCACAACAGCAUUCUCGCAGAGAAUCAAGACGGUCGAGCAAAGUAAGGACGCAAUCACCCACGCCAGUGCAUAG